GAGAAAUAAUUUUGCUCCUUUUCAAUCGAGAAACAGAAACCCUUCUACAGUUCUUACCCAUUUAAUUCCUUUCCUCCCUAAAAAUUUCAAUCUUGCAAAUAUUUGCAACUCCAAAUCUUCAAAUUUGUGCAAAUCCUAGCAAGAAUCUGAGAACAACAAAAGAAUUCCACAAUCAAAUCGAUCUGCCGAAAUGGCGGGUACCGGAAUUCACCCCUACCACCAGCAAUGGCCGCCCGUUCCCGCCCCUCCUCCGGCCUCCGCCACCGCGCCGCCGCCCCCUCCUCCCCAUCCCCACCCCCAUCCGCACCCGCACCCUCACCAGCCGCCGGUUCCUAUAGACAAUUCCGCCUCCCGCCCUUCUAACGACGAGGUGCGUACGAUAUUUAUUUCGGGUUUGCCAGAGGAUGUGAAGGAGAGGGAGCUGCAGAAUUUGCUGCGGUGGCUGCCGGGGUACGAGGCGUCGCAGGUGAACUUCAAAGGCGAGCAUCCGAUGGGCUUCGCGCUGUUCGCCACCGCGCAGCACGCCAUUGCUGCCAAGGAUGCACUUCAGGAUAUGGUGUUUGAUGCGGAGUCGAAGUCUCUCUUGCACACUGAGAUGGCAAAGAAGAAUCUCUUUGUGAAAAGGGGGAUAGUGGCGGAUUCCAAUGUUUAUGACCAGAGUAAACGCAUGCGAAUAGGUGGUGAUUAUACACACACUGCUUAUUCAACGUCUCCUUUUCAUCCUCCCCCGGCAGCUGUUUGGGGACCACAUGGGUAUAUGUCCCCAGCUCCGCCCCAUUAUGAUCCAUAUGCAGGUUAUGCUGUUCCUCCCGUGCCAAUGCCUGCUCCAGCUCCGGUACCUGCACCUAGCAGUUAUGUACCUGUCCAGAAUAACAAAGACAACCCUCCUUGCAAUACCCUUUUCAUUGGCAAUCUUGGUGAGAGUAUUAAUGAAGAGGAGCUCCGUGGCCUCUUUAGCGUCCAACCUGGUUACAAGCAGAUGAAAGUAUUACGACAAGAAAGGCAUACUGUGUGCUUCAUUGAAUUUGAAGAUGUAAACAGUGCCACCAAUGUGCACCACACCUUGCAGGGUGCUGUUAUACCCAGUUCUGGUGCUGUUGGCAUGCGUAUUCAAUAUUCGAAAAACCCAUUUGGGAGAAGGAAGGACUCGGUCUACCAAGGUCCGCCCCAAAAUGUGAACGGAGUUCCUCCUGCAAUUACCUACCAGUAGCUUGAAGGGGAUGUAUCUCGUUUCUUAAGCCCUGACAAAUGAAAGCACUGCACGAAUAGGAUGCAUCAUGAAGCUGUUGCACGCAUCCCAUUCAUCAUCUCAUCAACAUCAGCAUCCCUUCAUAUAUAUAUAUAUACAUAUAUAUGUGAAUGCACUCCGUGGAAAACAUUUUGUCGGUCCAUUUAUAAUCUAGAUACGCAGGACAUGCAUUCGAGGCUGUGCUAUCUCUGAAGUUAUAUGUUGACCUGUUGUGAUCUAUUACAUGUUAUCCAGGAUUGCAUGGUUUUGCGAACAUGUGAAAUCUACGUGCGUUUUGUCUGAAAUCUGAUGCAUUUUUAAUCCAUUGAAGCAAAGUGGUGUAUGUCAUGAUCAUCUUUAUUCAUCAUUCGAGAUCCCAGGAACCCUCACAAGUAGUAGAUAGCUCCACUCCAUUCAACUUAGUAAAACCAUCACAUUCCUCAUCAGGCAUCCAUCAUUUGGAAUUUGAACCCAUGAACCUCGACAUCCAUGAUCUACCAACAUAGCAUUGCCGUCUGUUGGAAAAUCUAAUGGUAUUAUGCAGGUUGACAAAGAUGGCUGAGUUCUUCCUAAUCUGCAGAACAGAACUUGAUGAGCUGCACCAAGGUAGAAUCCCUUUAGAUAGUUUCUUGGCCUUUAUUUACGCUGAAUGUGUGCCGUUUGUCUCUACCUAUUUUGCGCUAUCCUUUUGAUUGUUAUGGAGCCAUCUGCUUCAGUGUGCAAAUCAAGAAUCCUUCAUUUUUCUGCCAAAUUGUUUCUAAUUUAUGUUCGACGAUUGAGCAAUGAUUUGAUUUUUGUCUUGUUUUUUCCUUCUAUUUUUGUGGGUGUUUUUUGUUACUCUUAUGUAAUUAGAGUUCUCAAUUUGUCUUCUAAUACUCAUCUCCUAUUUUCGAUGUAAUUUUCCUAUGUAACAGAAAUAAAACCAUACUUCUUUAUUAAUUAUAUCCACCACUUGUAUAA